AUGCCUGGCAUAGCGUGUGGUCCUUUGAGGCCAGCAAUAGCUUGGUUCCAUGGUGGAGCCAGAGAUGGCAAGCAGACCGAGACUUCGGAAUGCCGGAAUGGCCCGGCGCUUGGUGCGCUGAGCCCCGGCCGGCCUCAGAAUCUGAACUCGUGCUGGAACGCAGAUGCCUUUGACGAUGAUUGCUGUGACUUUGCUUUCCUUGAGGGCGCUGUUCUUGAGAGUUCCGCUGACGCGCCUUUCCAGGACUUUCAUGUGGACCAAUCCGACUUCGACGGCGACUACAUUUGUGGAGGCCGCGGUCGGGAGCGGCCGAGAGGCCCCAAGAAAUCCUGGCUGAAGCAUGAUGCUGGCGCUGACUGCAGGUUGUGUGGUGCUGAGUGCUGUCAGGGUGCUUCUAUUGAUGAUGCCGACUUAGAUGGCGACUACACUGGCGAGGGCUGUGGUCGGGUGUGGUCGCAAGAUCCCAAGAAAUCCAGGCCUGAGCCAGCUGCUGGCGCUGACUCCAAAUUGCGUGGUGCUAAGGGCUUUCAGGGCUUAUAUUUUGGCGACACCGAUCCAGAUGGCGACGUCACUUGCGAGGACUGCGGUCAAGAGUGGUCGCAAGAUCCCAGGAAAUCCUGGUCUGAGCAGGUGAUUGGCGCUGACUCCAAGUUGUGUGAUGCUAAUGGCUCCCAGGGCUUAUUUCUUGGCGACACCGAUCCAGAUGGCGACAUCACUUGCGAGGACUCUGGUCAAGAGUGGUCGCAAGAUCCCAGGAAAUCCGAGUCUGAGCAGGUGAUUGGCGCUGCCUCCGACCUUACAUGUUGUGCUUGCAUCCAGGGCUUUUCUGCUGCUUUUGGGGACUCUAUGGGUGGCCUCAUCAGCGGAAGUUCUGGUCAAGAGUGGUCGAAAGACCCCGGGAUAUCCAAGCGGAUGCUGAUGAGGAGCUCAUCGGGGGAUGGUGGCGGCCAGUACUUCGAUCUCCUCGGCGUGAUUCUGCCCAAGGUCGACAGCUGGCCCCCCGGGGGUCCUCAUGCGACCGCGAUGCUAGCCAUGGCUGGGGCUGCUUUCGAUGGUGAUCUUCGCGGCUUUGAUGAUGUUGCUGAUGGCGGCCAGAGCUUCUUGCACUUCCCGAUGGUCGGCAAGCUCUUCGGCACGUUGCUCGACUUCCUGGAGGGCAGGUGCAGGGUACCCGUGUCGGCAGUGGUCCCUCCUGCUGGAGAUGACAAGCUGGUGGACGACGCUGCUGGCAAGGGUGAUGAUGGCAAGGGUAAGGGUCAGCAUAAAGGCAAGGGCAAAGGUCACGGACAGCCACCUGCUUCUAAUGAUUGGAACAGCCCUCUGAUCAUGUUUUCGGACUUUGCUGCUAAGUUCGAGGCUGCUGAUGCAAAGGUGUGCUUUGAAGCUGUGGUCCAUUGCACUGCUGCAGAGAUUGCUAUCGCUAGGCGCAUCCUGGGGGCCUCAUCUAGGGAGUAUUCGACUUUGCUUGUUGCCGUUGAUCUCUCCAAGAAGCAGCUCCUCGAACACGCAUUGUCUAAGGAAGCUGGGGUUAAGCAAGCCAUUCCGGGCAAGGUUGGGGCUAUGAUUAAAUUCCGUGAGGGCUUGGCGGUCCAGUGCACAUCAAGUGGCAAAGGGGCCCCGCAGCCCAAGCACAUUGGAUCAUCCCAUCGGGUUGAGGCCAAGGAAACGGGGGUGCUUUUUGUGAAAGUGCCUCAGGCUUUUGUCAGCAAAGACCAGUGGAGCGCUUUCAUCAAGAAUCCUCGUCAUGCCAUUGCAGCUUGGGCUUCUAGGCGUCAUGUGCAGCUUACUGAUUCGUGGAAGUGGUCCGAAGAGAAACUUGGCAACAACGCCACACAGAUCUUUGGCAUCAUUCGCGCCCCCAAGGCUGAUCUGCCCACUCUGCUUGGGUGUGCUGGGGUUGGGGUUUUCACCUUCCCGCCCAGCGGGCAGAAGGAGCGCGUAACGAUUGAGUGGAUCGACAGGCUGCCCAAGGAAUCUGAUAAGGACUACUUCGCCCGAGCCCAUCGUGCACAGUCGAUUGGAUUGGCAUGCCAUGGCGUACGCCUCGGAUGGAAGAAGCCCAUCACAGAGGCCACUCGUUUUUCUAGGGUGUGGCAGCUGAACGGUUGCCCACGUCACUGGGAUAUGGUGCAAGCUGCUGGAGUCGUUGAGGCCAGCUUUCACGAGGUGAAGAUGAUCAGACAGUCUGUUCGUGGAAGUGAGAAAUCCUUCCUUUUCCGUGGUGCUGCUAAGGCUGGGGCUGACUGCGAUCUCCUGCCCAUUGCUGCCGAGGAUGGCGAUGAUGGCCAGCUGAUGCUCUGGGCUUGUUUGGCUCCGGCUAGACCCGAGCAGGUGCGUCAAAAGCGGCUACGAGGUGGCUCCUUGCCCUUUGUUGAGGCGCAGGCUGCUCCUUUUACGCCGGUCACCAAGACGAUCGAUGCCACCCCAGGCGACAGCCAGGAGUCUCGGGAUAUGGACACGUCAAGUGCCGGCGAUGCAAAGGGCUCAGAAACCGCUGAGAAAAAGAAAGAGGAGGGCAACGCAAAGCGUGCCAAGAUCGCUUUGCGCGAGGUCCCGGCUCAGUGCUCAGUGCAUGCUGUUCCGCGUGAUGGCAACUGCCUGUAUCACUCCUUCAGCGCCAUUUUGCAAUGGGCAAACAAGGAGAGCACGGCUAUUAAUCACCUUGAUUUGCGCGCUCGUGUUGCGGACCACAUCGAGCGACACACUGCUGAUUAUGAGCCAGCUUGGACUGCUGAUGGCAAACCUGGACCAGAUGGCUCUGCUCUUCAAGAUUGGGACACUUUCGUUCAGCAGGUUGCCAUGCCGGGCAAGUACAGCGGGGAAGUCGAGCUGAAGGCUCUUUGUCGUCUUUUCUCGAUUCGGGUGGUGCUUUUCCCAGCUGAUCCUCGGUGGCAUGUCUGUGCUUACGGGAAGGCUAAGCAGCGCAAGGUUGGGGCCAUCUAUUUCCAUGACAAGCACUUCGACUUCUUGAAGCCAGACGAGGCCAAGUACCCGAAGGAGAUCGUCUCUGUCGUUACCGACUCUAACGGUGGUUUCUUGGUUGGUGGCAUCAGUGAGGCCUGUGAAAGCACGUUUGAGGAGCAAGACUUGUAUGCCUAUCACGGCCAAAGGGGCUGGCAUUUCUGCAGCGUGUACGGAGUCGACCGUGCCGGCUGUGCCCUUGGCAGAGAGCAUGCAGUGAUGAUGUCACCGCUGCUUGCCUUCAGGUACAACGCUCAGGUCGGCAAGCAGUUGCAACGCAAGCCCGACAUCGUUGCAGGUUGCUUUUCGAGCUUCUUGGCAGUGCAAGGUUUGUUUCUUCCCGUUCGCGAGUUGUUCGAAAACAGUCGUUGCUCUGCUGAGGCCAAGGCUGCUGGAGUUUCACGGGUCGCCGUGUUUCUGAAGGAUGGUUUGUGCAAAACGGCCCUGAUCAGUAGGAUCCCGCUGAAGCCUGCUCACGGAUGUAAGCAUCCUGUGCUUGUGGCCUCGGUGUAUCUCCAGAGUGGGAAGGCUGAUCAAGCCAAUGCCCAGGCAGUUGAUUGCAUCAUGGAGGCUGCCAAUGCCGGUCGGCGCACUCUGGUCCUCGGGGACUGGAAUCUCACACAGGAGGAGGGCGAAAUCGCUGCCAUGAUCCAUUCUGGCACCAUUCAUCCUUGUGAUGCUGUUGCCAAGGGCCUCGUGUUGCCCCCCACGGGCCCUGUGUACAAUGGAACUCGCAGGCGUCGGAUUGAUUAUGGUGUGACUUUGGGAGAUCUCUUCGCUUCGUUCGUUGAGCAGUGCCCUGAGCUGCUCACAACCAGCCUUUCCGAUCAUCUUGCAGUCGAGUAUGGGUUUGAUCUAGCAGCUCCUGCUGCUCUUCGUGCUCCUCCUCGGCGCUGCACUUACCUUCCGGAGAGGCCCGCACAGGACACUGAGUUCUCUUUGGAGGAUGAGAAGGCUUUUCACGAGCUCCUGGAGGCUCAGGACCUUGAUGGUGCUUGGGCUAUGGCUUCGGAUGUGGCUGAGAAUCUUUUGUUCGAGCCCGCUUCCUCUCGUAAGGUGCGUUGCCGAAGUGAGGAAUGGCAGCCUGUUGCUCCUAGGUCUAGGCCUAGUCAAGGGGCAGAACUUGAUGGUUCUCGUGGUCUUCGUGCCCUACGGCGGUUGUUGCAGAAGCUUCAGCUUUGUAACAUGAGACCUUGGGACUCGCCGCUGCAUCGCCGGACUGCGUCGGCUUGUGUUCAUGUCCGUGCUUUACUUCCGCAGUUGCCGUACCUGCAGUGUGGAACUGCUGAAGCCGUGGCGGCUGUCUCUGGACUUGUUGACACCUUGACAAAGUCUGAGCGGGAGGUUCACCUUGAGCGAUGGCGGCAGCGCACUGCUGUGGAUGAGUCUGUGGUCCGUUCGUACGUCAAACGCAGAGCGGAUGAGUUACUGGCAUGGGAACAAGCCCCUCCUGAUGCUGCUAAGGUUGAGGAUGGGUGGCAUCCUGCCCAGGCCGUUUGUGAGCAGGCUCAACUGUGGGCGGCCAAAUGGCAGCGUCCCUUCAACCCUGAUCUCUCGAUGAUUGAUGGUGUUUUGGCCGAGGUGCCGCGCCCUGCUGCUCAGACGCUCUCUUUUGAGGUUACAGCUGAGGCCCUCAGAGAAUCGAUGCAGGUCAUGAGGUCCAAAACUGGUGGUGCUGAUGGGUGGAUGCCUCGUGACCUUUUGCUCCUCCCCAUGGCUUGGUAUCGUUGGGCUGCUGCUCUGUGGGCAGCCAUUCUUCGACUAGGUCGUGUGCCAUCUUCGUGGCGCAAAGCUCGUGUGGUCCUUUUGUGGAAGCCUCAGAAACGCACCCGUCCUAUCACCUUGCUCAAUGCAGUGUGGAGGGCAGGAGCUCGAUGCUUGCAGCACCAACUCCGACCUUGGGUCGAAAGUUGGAGGGAUCAUGGUGAUGUUGGUGGAGUUUUUGACAUGUCGGUGCAGUCUGCUUUGAUGCAGGUACAGCAGGCCUUUCGGCGUCGUGCCUCGCAUUUUCUUCAGAUGGACGUGUCUGCAUACUUUGAUACCAUUAAUCAUAUCACGCUGCGUCGAACACUUGAGCAUUUGCGCUUUCCUAGCGACCUCCUUGAACUGUUGUGCAGUUUCUAUACAAAGUCCCAACGGAUUUUCUCCAUGAGUGGAGUGCUCAGCGACCAAUGGACUGAUGUGACUACGGGCAUCCCUCAGGGAUGUCCCCUGAGCCCGGUGCUGUCAGCGGCCAUUGCUCAUGUGUGGCGAUGCUACUGCACAGGGGGUCCGGUUCAGGGUCAAGUUUCGGGGAUUGCCUACAUCGACGAUCGUUCGCUUUGGCUCCAUGAGAAGUGUGAUCUUGAG